AUGAACAGCUCAACAUCUCUCCUUCAACUUGUUUGUUGUACCCUACUUGUCUUUCUUCUUCCAGUAGCCCUCUGCAGCAGAGUUGUCUUCCCAACAGACGCCAAUCUCAUCGACCAAACCUGCAAACAGACACCAAACUAUGCUCUCUGCGUCUCUUCUCUUAAAUCGGACCCUCGGAGCUCCACCGCAGACGUAUCGGGCUUAGGCGUCAUACUGGUGGAUAUAGUGAAGGCCAAGUCGACCGAUACUCUGAACAAAAUCAAUACUCUGCUUAAGCAGAGACCUGGAAACCAGGCCUUGAAAUCUUGCGCUCGGUUUUACGACACGGUUGUAGAAGCUUUGGUGCCUGAAGCGCAACAGGGUUUUAGCUUAGGCAACCCCAAGUUUGCAGAGCAAGGCAUGAACGACGCUGCCGGUGAGGCCGAGACGUGUGAAGAUGGUUUCUCUGGCAAGUCUCCUCUGACGGAUAACAACAAGGCUGUGCAUGAUAUUGCGGCUGUGGCUGCAGCAAUUGCCAGGACAUUGCUUUGA